AUGUCCCAGUUCACAGUUGAGUCGUGGAUUUGGUAUGGGGUCACGGUAUUCGUGAUAAUUCUGCGAUUCAUAUCGCGACUGCUCUUGGUCAAAAGUGUGAAGAGCCUGCAGGUGGAGGACUAUCUGAUGCUCCUAGUCUUGGGCUUCUACACAGGGCUGGUGGUUACAUUGAAUCGGAUCGAACAUGCGCAAACGAAUUUAAUGAAACCGGGCGAGGAAGCGCAUUUAACACCAGAGUCGAUCAAGAACCGCGUUUAUGGUAGCAAACUGGUGCUGGCAACUGAACAAUGCAUGCUAGCGACAAUUUGGGGAUGCAAAGGCUGUCUUCUUCUCCUCUACGCCAGGUUGACGGAAGGGAUUAAGCAACAACUGGCCGUCAAGAUCCUAGCUGGCUAUGUGGUUGGCUCAUACAUUCUCUUGGAGAUCCUCUACUUCGCGGUUUGGUGUCGGCCAUUCCACAACUACUGGGCUGUGCCCACACCCAACGCGCAAUGUUCGACCGCGACACAUCACCUCAUUAUGACAAUGGUCUUCAAUAUCUCCUCAGACAUUCUUAUGAUGUGCAUUCCGCUGCCGCUCCUCAUAUCGGCCCGGUUGCCACUGCGCAGUAAAAUCACUCUAGUGGGUGUAUUCAGCAUGGGAGCCUUCAUUAUCCUAUGCGCCACUCUCAGCAAAGUCUCCAGCUUCAAAGAUCCCUUCAGCCCCCAAUGGCUCUUCUGGUACGUCCGCGAGGCCAGCACCGCCGUCUGCGUCGCCAACAUCCCCAACUGUUGGAGUCUGGUCCGCCGCGUCUUCAACCUCAGUUCCUGGACCGGCAGUUCGCACAGCAAAGGCAGGACCCACCACUACACCCCCUACGGAUAUGGAACGGGAACGCAUAGUAGGACGAGACGACACACAGCGUCACAGAAAAAGAGCCUCUGGACAUCCGUCAGCAUGUCUGGCGUACGGAAAACGGAGAGCGUGGAAGAGAUUAUGAAGGACCCCGAGCAACAAUCCCACCAAGGAAUCCCACUCGAAAUCUGGCAUCAAACCAGCAUCCACGUCACGGCAGAACUGCCCAGGCCCGAUGAUCCCCAGAAGGGCGCUGCUGUAACAUUUCCAGGUCGGAGAUAG